GGUCCUCACAGCAGACUAAACCCGCAAAUAAAUCCGUUGUCUCUCUCGACGACUAUGUGGUGAGCGAUGACGACCUCUGGGAGAGUGAAUCCGAAGAAGAGUUUAAACCAAAGCGCGGAAAGAGAAGGGGAAGCGAUUCAGAGAGCGAUUGGGAAGUGGAAAACAAACGCGGCGGUCGGACGGCUAGAAAGCGAUACAAUGAGUCGGGAAGUGAUUCGGACAGCGAUUGGGGAAAGAAGAAGAAGAAAACUCCCAAAAAGUCGACGAAAAAACGCCAGAAGCCCACGCGAAAGAGUCCGCGAAAACAAUUGAGUGAAUCGGAGGACGAAAUCGAUGACAUCGACGACGAUGAGGAAGAGGAGGACGUGAAACCAAAGGGACGGCGAAGGGGUAAGAGAGCGGACUCAGAGGACGACGACAGUGAUGAUGACUAUAGAGGCGGUGGUGGCGGCCGGAGAGGCGCCAAAAAGAGUCCUAAAAAAGGAGGUCCCGGAAGACCUAAACGCGAGGUCGCUAAACGAGGGGCCAAAAAGAGAGCGCGCGAUGAGGAGGACGAAGAGGAUGAAGAGGUGUCCGAAGACGACUCGAUGACUAAAAGGAAGCGAAACUCACGGAAAGCCGAAGAAUCUGAAGACGAAGAAUCUGAUGGCGAAGAUGUGGACAGUUUGGUAAAGGAGGCCAAAGGGUUUGUGC